CGGGGCUGCUGCUGUGCCUCGGCACGCCGCUGGGGCGGGCGCGGCGCGCGCGGCACGCGCGGCGCGCGCGGAGGGACGCAGUCCAGGAGCGCGCCCAGCCGUCGCGCGGCGCGGCGCAGGACCGGCCGCCCAUUGGCCGGCCGCCCAAGGGCUUCAAGGUGCCCCCGCCGCGGCGGAUGUCGCCAAGGGAGCAGGAGCUGCUCGGGGCGCUCGGGGAGCAGCAGUGGUCCGCCCGGUGGCGGUCCGACUCGGCGAAGGGCAAGAAGCCGAACUCUUGGUGGGGGGCACGCCAGCGCGACAUGGAGCUCAGGAGGGAGCCCGAGGCCAGCCUGGACGGGAAGCGGAUGUCAGACCUGGCGGACUACCUCGACCGCGACGGGCCCAAUUUCGUGUCCUCGCAGCGCUCGUCCCCUGGCGUUGAAGAUGACCCCUUCGACGAGGUGAUCCGGGAGGACGUGGAGCAGCGCCGGGCAAGAUUUCGGCACGUCGACCGGCGCAGCCUGGGGAGUCCGGACGACCCCGGGACCGCACCGAAGAAAUUGAGGGCCGCUGUGUGGGAGGCAGACGAGAUGUGGCGGCUGUACAAGAAGCGCAUUGCGUUGGAGGACACGCCAGCUCGCUUUCCGACCUACAGGAAAGCCCACGACUGGGAGCAGCGGGUCCGAGAGGGCCGGGCGGGGCCGGGCGGAGCUCGGAGCGGGACCGAGACGAGUACACCUUCGGAGUCCCCUGACUCGAACGGUGAUGACUUUUUCUCGCAGAAGCUCUGGAGCGAGAUCCCCAGCAUGUCCAGCGAGAUGGUGGAUUUGGCAGUGAAGCUGCGGCUGCCGCGGCCCAGUAGGGUCCAGAACAGGACGUACAACACCCUGGCGACGGGAAAGAAUGCCGUCAUCGCUGAUCACGCAGGCUCCGGGAAGACGCUCGCGUAUCUGCUUCCGCUGCUGCAGAGGCAUGUGAUGCGCACCAACCCGGACGAUCACAGGCUGAAGCUGCUAGUGAUUGCGCCCACCAGCGAUCUGGCGAAGCAGAUCCGCGACGUCGCCCGCGUCGUCUCCGUCAACGGCCCCCGGCAGUUUUGGGUGCACAGCUUCAUCACCCACGAGAACGACCGCGACAGACAGCUCGGGCACAUGGAGCACGGCGUCGACGUGGCCAUUUUCACACCGGGGAGGCUUCGAUGGUUUCUUUACAAGGAGAAGAAAGGCCUCUUGGACCUCAGUGCGGUCAAGGCGGUUGUGUUCGACGAGGCCGACCAGCUUCUGUCGGAGAAUUGCGAGAUAAAGGUCACAAUCGACGACAUCCGGCAGAAGGUGAGCACUGCCUCCACCCAGUGGGUGUUCGUGACGGCCACGCUGGGCGAGGAGGUGCGCCAGACCCUGGAUGAAUUCGAGGCCCUCCCGUCGGUGACGCCGCUCCCGCUGCCAGGGCAGCCACCGCCGCCGAGGGGGCUGAAGUGGCACACGGGCCCGGGCCUGCACAAGG